GGAUCCGCUGGCAUGCUGCGCCCCAAGGCUUUGACCCAGGUGCUAAGCCAAGCCAACACUGGAGGCGUCCAGAGCACCCUGCUGCUGAAUAACGAGGGAUCGCUGCUGGCAUACUCGGGUUACGGAGACACGGAUGCCCGGGUCACUGCGGCCAUCGCCAGUAACAUCUGGGCGGCCUACGACCGGAACGGGAACCAAGCGUUUAACGAAGACAAUCUCAAAUUCAUCCUCAUGGACUGCAUGGAGGGCCGUGUGGCCAUCACCCGAGUGGCCAACCUUCUGCUUUGUAUGUAUGCCAAGGAGACUGUGGGCUUCGGAAUGCUCAAAGCCAAGGCCCAGGCCUUGGUGCAGUACCUGGAAGAGCCCCUCACACAAGUAGCAGCAUCAUAAUGGAUAGAGAUGGAAGCUGGGGUCAGAAAAGAGAUGACUGUUUGGAGGGGCAGGAUCCUUGAGAAUACCUUCUUGGGCUGUGGUGGGAGGAUGAGACUUUGUUUUUCCAAGAAUAAACUC